AUGAAACUGGAGAAGGGGGAUGGCCGCUGGACGAAGGCUGAGGAUGAAGUCCUGCGAGCAGGAGUGAUGAAGUAUGGAGUAAACAAGUGGUCGAAAGUGUCGUCGCUGUUUAUGUCGAAGAAGCCGUCGCAGUGCAAGGCUAGAUGGGAUGAGAGUGUGAGUCCUUUGCGGGCUGACUCUGAGUGGAGUGCGGAAGAUGAUCAGCGCCUGGUCACAGUUGCCAGCACGUUCCAUCCACAAUGGGGAUUGAUAGGGCAGGUGAUGUGUAGAAGCAGCCAAGCAUGCUAUGAAAGAUACAAUGAGCUUGCAUAUGGCAGAAUUGAUGUUUUUAAGUAUGGCGAGCUUGAAGGCACAAAUGGCGACGGGGAUGGCGAGGUUCUGGAGAUGGCACAUGCAAGAAUAAACGAUUGCAGAAACAGACGAGAGCAAAAAAGAAUGCGGAAGGCCGCUACAGCUGCGAAGAACGAUAGCAACCACUGUAAAUAUGCCACAUAUCAGGAAUGA